AUGCAUUGCCAUUCAUGUGCAUCUCCUCUUAAUCGAGAACUAGCUCUUGUUCCAUGGACUCCAUAUUAUUCUGUGAACCCCAUUGGGAUGCCGAUGCAUCUUCAACUCAGGCAAUCACUAUUAGCAGCCUGGUUCGUCGUUUUUGCCCUCCCUGUAUACCCCUCCCUUGCCGCUCGUUUCUGCGCUCGACGGGGCCCCUGUUAUGGCGGGCAGGGAGCCUGCUUGUCGAGCUUCGAGGACCUCACGGGUCUUUGCCUGCAAUUCACUUAG